GGACAGAGGGUUUCGCGUCUUGUGCCUUCUCUCACCUCCACCCAUCUGCUCCCUCUCGCUCACAAACCCACAAUGGCUGACUUUAAGGCUGUCGGAAAGCAGUUUACGGAGUUCUACUAUCAGACUUUUGACUCCAGCCGGGCUGGUCUCAAAGACCUCUACCGUCCCAACUCGAUGUUGACCUGGGAGUCAAAGGAGAUCGUAGGCGCAGAGUCGAUCGUAGAACACCUCCAGAACCUCCCCUUCCAGUCGGUCGUACACAAGAUUACCACGAUCGACGCACAGCCCUCUUCGGAAGAUGGAAGAAACAUCCUUGUGUCUAUUACUGGCCAGCUCGUCGUCGAUGAAGAUAUAGAGCACCCUCUCCCUUUCAGUCAAGUCUUCCAACUCGUGCAGCAGGCUGGCUCAUACUUCGUGUUUAACGACAUGUUCCGCUUGAACUACGGCUAAGCUUCGUGAUGCGAUACCAACCUACAAACCUUAAAUAACGUUGAUAGAUGGAGGAGGAGAAAGCAGAAGUCAUGAACAAGUGUACCACUCGUUGUGCGAGGCGCCUUAAUCCAGAGCAGUUUCUAUUUCCAUUCAGAUGUAUCUUCUUUGAUUUCAGUUGUCGUUGUAGGCAAAUGUCAUGCCUGAUCGCCUUCUAUCGUACAUCAGCAGUACUUUCGCCCAUGUCAUUGAGCAGUGUUCUUGAAUGCUGGAUAAACGGAGCGCCGCACAAAGGCACCGC